AUGUUCCGGAAGCCUUUCAAUACGAAGAAGAACACCAAUCUCCGCAAUUCUGACACGUAAAAAGCCUAGUUUUUAUUUUUUAUAAAUUACGUUUUUCAGGCGAAAACUCAUCAAUCGUUUAAAAGAAGAGUUGGAAAAUGAACUAGUUUUGAUAGAGAAAAAGUCACAGGUUCUAAUCUAUCAGUGCUUUUGGUAAUUUAUUUUUAGGUAGCUCAAGUGAAGAUUGUGAACUAUCAAGGUGAUGCCAUGAACUUAUAUUUAUUUGACAAAACUCCCAUGUUAUUCGACUUUUCUGAGUCUGGAGUUGUGUACCCUACCGUUUUCUUCCUCUGGUCGUUUCCUAAGUCAUACCCGGUUAUUUUGGUCCAUGAGCCGGUUCUGCAGUAUUUGGAGAACGGUGCUGACCUCAUGCUUCCUGGUGACUUUUGGAAUGAUUAACGAAAUUAUCUUAAUAAUUCUUGAGGUGUUCUGAGAGGUGAAAAUUACCCAUUCCCAAAGUUCCGAAGAGGUGGCCCUGUCGCCAUUGCGCUGUGUUCUGGCACAAAAGUGACGGGACCGGUGGCGGUCGGUUGCAGCAUGAUGUCCAGCGAUGAAAUGCAGGCAUGUGGUUUUCAAGGAAAAGGCGUUCAGCUUCUUCAUGUUUUCCGAGACUCACUCUGGUUGCAAAUACUCUUUUUACGUCAGUGUAUUUAAACUUUCUAAGGGAGUUCGGCCCGCGGGGACCACCUCCUUCUAUGGGGACUGACGAGUUCUUUCAAGAGGCUAAGAAUGAAAAUGACGAUCAAUUCCUAUCAAUCGAAAAUAUAUCUAUUGAAGACAAAAGUGAGACUCUUAUUGGGCUCCCUACAGGAUAGAAAAGUUGCUAGACAACGAAGAUGCUUCGACUGAGGCAGUUUCUUCCGUGCCGCAUGCAGAAACAGAAGAAUCCAUCGAGCCAGUCGAAUCUUUAGUAUAAUCCACCUUCUCAUAUUCCCACUACUCAGCGUUCAGGUGAGGCGAUGUUUCUUGGCCGGGUUGAAAUAUCGUUUGAAAAAGAGUGGGAAUCUGCCGAUGGACGUCGGCCAGGUAAUCCGAUGAUAUUUUUUCUUUUUCUAAAAUACUCUUUCAGUUUUAUGCUCAAUGCGUUUUGUCAUGUGUUCCAGAAGGUCGAAGAAUGGAUAUGAAGAAAACUAAAUAUAAGAAGUUUGCAACGUUUCUUGAUGAGGUCAGUUCGGGCGCUUCAAUCUUUGUAUCACAUGUUUCAUUAGAUCAAUUCUAGCAGUGAACAAUUAGUUGUGACGUUGGACAAGAAAACGAAAGGAGCCGAACAGAUAAUCGAGGUUUGACACUCAUUCAGGUGUAUCUCAGCUUUUGCAAGUCAGGUCAACUGGGCACAUCCAUUUAUUCGCGAGUUCGAGCCAACUGAUGAGAAAUUGGUCGAUGAAGUUGCGGAUACAAAACAGAGUUUCGUUGCUCCUCUUAUUUUGGAGUAUCUUGGGGUUAGUUUAUAAUUAAAGUUUGUCGAAGAGAGAUGCUGAUUUUCAGGUAACAGAGCCGGUGAUGCCAGUUCUGAAGCCCCAAAUGCCUUCCCUGAGCAAAGGAGACCUUCUGAAAAGCGGCGAGGUCCGCGAACUGCUCACGCAAUACGUCAAAGCAAACGUUUGUGGAAAGGAAUUGCGUUUUCGUCCAGGUCACGAGUUUUGCAGGAUCUUCAACAGGGUAAAGAAGUAAAACUAGAUCCUUUCCUCGCGAACAUCACUAAAAUCAAUUCGACAACCACCGAUUGGAACAAAUUGAUGAAUAUACUUCAGGCUUGAAAUUUAUUUUUUCACAACUGCUCAGUUCAAAAAUUUCAGUCGAAGUUCACAAAAGUUUGGAUGAUCGAGUGGUCGGAUGGACGAAAGUUUGUACGUAAAGUUACUCCGCCCAAAAUAGAGUUCAAAGUUAGCGAAUUUUCCGAAAAAGCUCCUUAACCUUGCUUUAGGUCGAAUCAAGGGCCGGUAACAAAAAAGUGACAUUGAUCAACAAUCUUGCCGUUUUCGGUAUUGACAUCAAGACGAUUUCUCAUCAGAUUCAGGUAAAUACCUGAAACUUAGUGGACGAAGUGCGUGUUUCAGACGAAAGUUGCCACCAGCGUGACCUCAAACGCUGAAGCCGUCAAUUGCGAAGGUCCGCAACUGCUAGUUCAGGGAAAUCAGGUGUUUUUUUUUUCAUUAUCCUAAUUUCUAAACAGAAAGAUUUUGGUUCAAAAUUGGAAAAAAGAUUUUACUCUAUUUUUUCAAUAUUUACUGGAAUUUAUAGGUUUUCUUUGUUGGAGAAAUCUUGAUGGGCGUGUACGGAAUCGACAAGAAGUACAUCGUCGGUCUUGACUUGGCGCCCAAAAAAAGAAGAUAA